CUCGGCUCGCCGUCGGAGAUGAACGGCGGGCCCUCCGGUUUCCACAAUGCGCCCGUCGCCAAAACCCUAGUCGUCGCCACCGCGCUCUUCACCGUGCCCUUCGGGAUCCAGGGCCGAUCCCUCAAGCUCGGAUUGUCCUACGAGGAUGUUUAUCAAAAGUUACGAAUUUGGAAGCUCAUUUCUUCGGUGUUUGCUUUUAAAUCAACUCCUGAGUUGAUAUUCGGACUCUGUCUUCUCUAUUACUUCAGGGUGUUUGAGAGACAAAUUGGUUCUAAUAAAUACUCGGUAUUCAUACUCUUUUCUGUUGUAGUUUCUUUAUUGUUUCAGAUCCUAGCUCUGGGAUAUCUCAAAGAUCCAUCCCUAAAUCCACUAGCGUCUGGACCGUAUGGUCUUAUAUUUGCAUCCUAUGUUCCUUUCUUCUUUGAUAUUCCAAUAUCCUUACGGUUUCGAAUAUUUGGACUACACUUAAGUGACAAGUCAUUCAUAUAUUUGGCUGGUCUUCAGCUUCUCUUUUCUUCCUGGAAGCAAUCGAUUCUCCCUGGCAUUUGUGGCAUUCUUGCUGGAUCCUUGUAUCGUCUAAACUUAUUUGGCAUCCGAAAACUAAAGUUUCCGGACGUUGCUACAUCAAUCUUCUCACGAUUGUCAUGGCCCUCGUCAAACAAUUCUUCUCAAGCAUCAUCGGGUGGGGGCACUAUUGGAAAUAUGCCUUCUUAUCCGGGUCGUCAAGUGGAGGGAAAUUAUCCAUCUACUACACAUGAUGCCAUCCCAGAGCCUCCGGAAAGUUCUAUUGCUACGCUAGUUUCCAUGGGAUUUGAUAUAGAUUCAGCUAGGCUGGCCCUGAUGCAGUCGAGGAACGACGUCAGUGUGGCUACAAACAUUCUGCUUGAAGCGCAGUCGCGGUAGUAGCCAAUGUGGCUACCAACUUUCCGCCUGGAGCACAGUCGUUGUAAUACUCCUGCUGAUUCGAAUCAGGAGUUGAGCUUGUAAAUCACGAGGCACGGAAACAGUACAGCUGAGAUAACCUACUCAUUGAUUCAAAUACUCACUUAUUAUUGAUCUGAUCUCUGCAUUACAGCUCCCCUGUUUAAGUGAUGUGAAAGUUCAUUCGUCGCAAGCAACAAAGAUUUCAAAUUGUAAAAUGCCUUUGGAGAGGGUUUUAGAUUCUACAGGGCUCGCGUCCAAAUGUUAUGUUUUCACUCCGUACAUGUGCAGUAUUUAGGAUUUGAUCCUGGGGUUCUCUUUCCAAUUUACUAUUCCAUUGUCGCCUAUAUUUGUAUCACUUAUAUCAUGAAAAAUUGAAGAAGAGGAAGGAGACUGUUUUUCACU